GGCCGCCUAUAAGAGAUGGCUUCGUCGACGGCCCAAUGCUAUUCCACAACGAGAGCAACCAUGUCCGCAGCACCUUCGAUGUCGCCAACUUUCUGGUGCGCUUUUGUGGCCUGUCUGCUGGCGGCGUCGGUGGCCGGCAAUGGGUUCAGCACCCAGUAUCGUGGUCACACGCAGCACCCAACCAUGCCGGAGCACUGCCUCUACGAGGAGCUGGACGUGGCCGUGCCACUCCAUGGUUCCGUUCUGCCCUCCGGACAGCAGGGCUACUGCAUACGCCUGGAGUGCACCGACGACUAUCUGCUGCUGAUACACCACUGCGACAAACAGCCCUGGCCGCGACCUGGCUGCCAUCUCUCCCCCAACGACUAUGACUUCAAGUACCCCGAGUGCUGCCCCCAACUGGAGUGCUCCGACGAGUACUAGAUGUAGGUCAUAAACAUCGAUCUGCUUUGAAAUACUAUCUCGUUUUAGCCUGGCUAUUAGCUAUAGGCCAUUGAUCUUGUAGCAAUGUCUGUCCAAGUACUAUUCUUUAGUUAUAAGCAUAUAAUCUUAAUUUAAAUAAAACUAUCAUUUGACAACUAAUGAAGUUAUCACUGAAA